GCCGCCGCCGCGCCCCGCCGCCCUCCCCUCGGACUCCGCGGGAUGCGGCGGGCGCCGCCGCCGCCGCCAGAUAAACUGACGUGAUGUGGAGCAACAAGUCAAAUGAGGUGUCUUCACAAAAUCCGAGGCAUAACCAAAGCAAAGAUUCUGCCAGAGACCUAACUGCAGCGUGGGCAACUUUUUCUCAGACUAAGGCUGCUCUACGUCAUAUAGAGAACAAAUUGGAAAUAUUUCCUACUAGCACAGCUGUAUUCGAUUCCGUCAUGGACGCCAAGAAGCCCUGUGCUAGCACUAGCAGGAAGAUAAGCCGUAAAGCUUCCCGGUCCUCCAGCCAAAAUAAAUCAAACAAGGAGAAGUCCUCACGCAGCCCUCUUCGAGCGACCACUCUUGAAAACAACGUGAAGAAAAGCAACCGUGUGGAAUUUCGUGAGCCGUUGGCUUCAUACAGGGAUACCUAUGGUUCUCCAUCUUAUCAAAGUUCUAGCCAAGUAGAGGCCAAGCGACUUUUGUCUAGUUUGGACUUCAGCGAAGCAGAAGGGAAGACUGAAAUAGCAAGCCGUAUGGUAUAUGACAGAGAUGAACGGGAUCUACACAGCAGAGAUUUUGAAAGCCCAGGUUCUUCUGCUGCGGAUGAGACUGUUGUUAGGUAUUUGAAUGACCGACCAGCAAUUGACGCCUUGCAGAAUAAUGAGGUAUUUCUUAAAGUUGCAACACCUCCAAAAUUGGAAGAAGAAAAAAAUAGUGGUUCCAGAGAUGAGAUUAGCACCAAAACUCCCGUGAGUAGUGCACCCCGGGACACUGAAUGGAAAGGGUUCCCGCUGGCAGAGUCUUCCUCUUCUGCCACCAGUACUUCUGGUGCUCAUAGGCUGGAAAUUUUGAAACGGCGGCAGCAUGAUGCGAAAUUGGAGAAGCUGAAGGAGCGGAUUCGAAAGCAGUGGGAGCAUUCUGAAGAGCUGGGUGGCAGAGGGCAGCACUUAGGACAUGCUGAGCAACCUGUAGUCAUCACAAAUACAGAGAAUGCAGUGACUCCCAAGGUCAGAAAGGUGGCAGCUGCACCUGCUGCUCCAGCAUACAAAGGUUUCAAUCCUGCUGAAACGAAGAUUCGCACUCCAGAUGGAAAGGUCUGGCAUGAAGAAGAAUUUCACAUUAGCCAGGAACUGUAUAGAGAUAUAGCACUCCAGAUAACAGAGGAUUCAACAGUGAAAGAAAAACCUAGUGAGAGAAACAAAGAGAAAAAAGCAACCAGACCAGUGCGGAAAGUUCAAAAACUGACGCGAUUGUCAAGUCCGGAUUCCAGACAAGGUGGAAACUAUGUAAUUAGUGCAUCUUCCUGGCGAGAAGGACAAAAACUGGUAAAAAAGAUACUAGGCCCAGCCCCUCGAAUAGAACAGGACAGAAGAGCUAUGUCUAGUGACAGAACAGGACGAGAAAGAGCUACGAAGUCUGCAGGCCGUAUUGGAAGAACAGGUUCAGAUUCCAGGCUGGAUGUUACCCAUAAAACCUCUUCAAGAAGCUCUGAAAGGUCGAGGAGUAAAGUACGGUCUGAGAAUAAUCUGAAGAAGCUGGAAUCUACUCAUCCAGAUGAUAACCAAGGAGAUCACACCUCCUUAAAUAAAGACUUCCUGCCAGUGGAGAUACGUGGAAUUCUUGAUGACUUGCAGCUGGAUUCCAUGAGUACAAAGCAAGAGAAAGAUUUGGAGAAGCAGAAUCAGAAAUGUGUUUUGCCUACACAAAAUGCCAGGAGCCACAGUCCAACCAAAAGGAAACCAGACAAGCUAGCUGCCAGUGAGGAGCCUCAGGUAAUCUCUAAGAAACGGCACUAUGAUACAGAUGAGGUUCGUCAGUACAUUAUUAGGCAGCAAGAGGAGAGGAAGAAGAAGCAGAAUGAAGAGAAGAAAGCACAAAAGGAGGCAACUGAACAGAAAAACAAAAGACUCCAAGAGCUCUACAGAAAGCAGAAGGAGGCUUUUACUAAAGCAAAGAACGUAGCACCUUCUGAGCCUUCUGCAGCAAAACGCUUACAGGAAACAUAUUCUAAACUACUGCUGGAACGGACUUUUUUAGAAGAGCCAGCUCAGCUGCCCACGGUACAGGAAACACAGCCCAGACCUGGUUAUCAACCAUCUGGGGAAUCUGACAAAGAAAACAAGGCUCAAGAGCGUCCUCCUAGUGCUUCUUCAAGUAGUGACAUGUCACUGUCAGAGCCUCAACAGCCACUGCUAAGAAGUGAUUUGAUGGAACCUGCAUGGGUGCAGCCAGACAGAUUGAGUCCAAGAGUCCAGCUCUCUCACUCACAAGCUCUUGUGGGUUCCAGUGGAGGCCCUUGCUCCCAACAUUGGAGUCUGGAGCAGAUGGGCCUUUUGUCAAAGGAGUGCGAUGCAGUGUUGGCAGGCAGGAGGAGCCACACUGCACCUGUGGGAUCGCUGACUUUGACAUCUCAGCCAUACCUGAAUUCAUCUGCUGCUCAGCAGAAUCUUUUAGUAAAACCUACUGCUAACCAAUAUAAGAGCAAAUUAGAUCGCAUUGAAGCUCUGAAAGCUACAGCUGCUUCCCUUUCUAGCAGGAUCGAAAGUGAAGCCAAAAAGUUGGCGGGGGCUGGCAUCAAUUAUGGCACCAUGUGGAACUCAGAACAUGAAUUCCUACAAGAAAAUCAAGAUGAUGGGUGCUGGGCAAAGGCUGUGAGCCCUCCUGUGAGGGAGGAAAAUGAAGAUGCUUUUUCAGCUAGAAUUCAAAAGAUGCUGGGCGCCUGUGUGUCUCAUACAACCUUUGAUGAUAACCUUCCUGGGGUAGGCAACCUUAGUGAAUUUAAAAAGCUGCCUGAGAUGAUCAGGCCUCAUACUGCUGCAGUCAGCCUUGGGGUGAGGUCCCCUGCUGGUAAUAGACAUGAAGGGAUACUUGGACAUUUAUCUAAGAAACAAACUGACUCCCCAGGGCGUGAAAGCCAGGUUUGUGGUCAGAACAAAGCAGUAAUUCCUCAUGAGUCCAGCAUAGACUCCAUCAGUGAAGGGCCCCUCCUGAGCGAGGGAAGCCUCUCAGAGGAGGAAGGAGGCCAACACAAACAAUCACCGCUGAAGCUGUUGGAGACAUUAAAAGAGAAGGAUUUCUGUGUUCGAGAGAGAAAUGCUUUUGAGCCCAUAAAAGAGUUCCAGAAAGAAGCUGAAAAAUAUUUGCCACUUUUUGCUCAGACAAGUAGUGCACACAGCAAGGGGCCAUGGGAGGAACUAGCGAAGGGAAGUCCACACAGUGUCAUCAACAUCUUUGCAAAAAGUUACCAGCUUCAUGGAAAAGUGUUUGAUGAAAAGUCAAGUGGAGGGUCUGCCCUUUUGCGGCCUUUGCUCCCUGCUGCCAGCCCUCCAGAGAGCAUCGUUUCUUAUGAAGAUGAUUUUGCCUCAUCACAGGGAAGUAGCACUUUGACAGACAAAAAGAUUGCACAUGAUCUCAGUGUUUCUGGCAGCAGUAAUUCAAGCAUUCAGGAAGAAGUUCCUAGUAGGAAGUCUCCCCAUGAACCUCGAUCUGUAGAGCUUGCAUCCCAGCAUUCAUCUGGACCCCGAUCUGCAGCAUCUUCUCGCUCAUCUGCUUCCUCUAGAAAGAGAGGGAAAAGGGAACGGUUGGAAUCUUGCAAUGGAAGUUCUCACCACUUUCCAGUGGAAGAAGAGAAAAUGCUAUCUGAACUGGAGUGGGGAUCCCAACAGCCAAAGAAGUCCUUAUCUAGUAACAGAAUUUCUAAUAAAGAUCUUGAGCUGAACGCAGAUACUGACAGCACAUUAGAAAAUUUAUCUGGACACUCCCUGAUGAGCUUCUCAGACAAGGGAAGAUCCCAAAAGACACCAACCUCUUCCCCAUCUCCAGGCUCCCAAAAAUUGUCACAGUUUGAUUCUAUAGGCAAUACAGCAGAAAGAGCCAAGUCACCUGCUGGCUGCUCCACAAGUACAGCAUCAGGGCUGAAACCUAACGUAGCUUUCUCUGAACUGAGUCUGGGAAUGAGCAGGCCUGGAGCAGGAGCAGCCUCAGCAAGUGGAUGUAUGCGCUUCUCCCCUGCUGGUCUUCAGCAUCGCUUGUCAGCAGAAUUGAACUACCUUAGUGCCAUUGAGGAGUCUGUGCGACAGCUUUCAGAUGUGGAACGAGUACGAGGCAUAUCACUUGCCCAGCAGGAGAGUGUUUCUUUGGCUCAGAUUCUAAAGGCGCAGCAGCAGCGCCAUGAACGGGACUUGGCUCUUUUGAAAAUGAAGGCAGAACAAGAAGCUUUAGAAAGUCAGAGACAGCUGGAAGAGGCAAGGCAGAAGGCAGCUCAGGUCCAUGCAGAGUCUCUGCAGCAUCUGGUUCAGUCACGGCAGGAGGCGGUAGAAGUACUGCAAGAGACCACAUGCAAGAUUGCAGCCAAGCAGGUGGAAGCUGCACUUCUCACUACAGAUGCAGCUCGCCAGAUCCGUGAGAUGACAGAGUUAGCCCGGACCCAGAUCUCAGAUACUGUCAGUGCUCCAGCUGCUCCCAUGGCAACCUUGUUUGACCACCAGCGGCAGCAUCAUACAGAGUUCAUGAAACAACUGAGAGCUCGAGCUGAUACAAACAGGAAAUCUGAGUCUGGUGCCAUUUCCCAGAGUAAAGAGGAGACAGGUGACUCAAAACAAACAUACUCACCAGUGUUUGAUAGUUACUCAGAAUCCUCAAGAUCAAAGAUUCAUGAUCAGAGUAGUACCAGCAGCCGCCAAGAAAGUCCUUCAGUUCCAUCUUCUAAGGAGAAUGAGAAAAAGCUUUCCCGGCGUGAGAAGACAAGUAGCCGCAUUGAAGAGCGGGCUUGUACUGCUGUGGAUGAUUCCUUGCCAAGUGAUAGUAUUUUAUCACUGCCAGAUGAAAAAGAUUCCGCUUCAAUUGCAACGGAGUAUUCUCUGAAAUUUGAUGAGUCUAUGACAGAGGAUGAAAUCGAGGAAAAGUCUUUUCGGUCUUUGCUACCCUCUGAGAGUCAUCGCAGAAUUAACCUGGAGAAGAAACGGGGCAGUCGUGAUGAUUCUGAUGAGGAAGUCUCACCAGAAAAAACAGCUCUGUCAUCUAUCAAGGAGCUAAGCAUGCCGUUCUCAGGGGGACAAGACAGUUUCUCUAAAUUUACCAUGGAGAUGGUAAGACAGUACAUGAAAGAGGAAGAAAUGCGGGCAGCUCAUCAGUCCUCACUACUUCGGCUCAGGGAAAAGGCUCUGAAGGAGAAGACCAAGGCUGAACUGGCAUGGCUGGAACACCAGAAGAAGCAUUUGCGAGACAAGGGAGAGGAUGAUAAGAUGCCUCCUAUAAGAAAGAGACAGCGUGGUCUGCUGCUGAGAUUACAGCAGGAAAAGGCAGAAAUUAAGCGUCUUCAGGAGGCCAACAAGGCUGCUCGGAAGGAGAGACAGCUGAUUCUUAAACAACAGGCAGAAAUAGAAAGAAUUCGUCAGACAACAAUGAAACUGCAGGAAAAAUUAAAGUCUGCAGGAGAAAACAAACUGGAACUUCACAGUGAAGAUGACAUCAAACAAAGCAAUGCUUCUAGCCCACUUCCAACAGAUGCAGAAACACGCAGUCCUUCUCCAAUCUCAAUCUCCAGCAGUGAGACUAGUAGCAUCAUGCAGAAGCUUAAAAAAAUGCGCAGCAGAAUGGAUGAAAAACACUGCUCUCCUGUUCACUACUUCUUCUCUGUCUUUACGUCUCACCACUGGGCCUCUCUCAGUGUCUGUUUUCCCAACCUCCACCCCAAAUUCCAGCUGUAUAUCUACAACCAAUUGGUCAGGUUCCUAACUAAGCGAGAACAGAAGCUGAUGCAGCGUCGACAACAUGCUGAGGAGUUGUUGGAGUGGAAACGCCGCCUAGAUGCAGAGGAAGCAGAAAUACGGCGGAUAGAAAAGCAGGCUCUAGCUGCCUGGGACAAAGAACUGCUCAAAACCAAAAUAGCCAAGAAAGAACUGGGGGAUCAGAGAACUGAGCCCAAAGUCUCAGAAACAGCCAGUGGAGAAGAGUCUCCAGUGCCUUCUUGCUCUCACGUAAACAGUGAAAGCUCUAUUCCGGAAGAUCUUGGCAGUCCAGCGGCUGAGUCUGUCCCAUCAGAGACUAUGGGUCAUGGGCCAUCAGAAAGCCCAAAUCAGCGUACAAUUACAGAAGAAAUGGCUUAUUCUGAAGAGCUCAAGUCCUCUACCUCACCUAGCAAACUUUCUCCACCUAAAAGCAGCAUAUCUGUAUCAAAGCAAGAUUCCAGCAAAAGCAGCCAUAGAGUUGGAGGGCAGCUACGUUCACCUGUAAAGUCUCAUCAGAUAUCUAACAGCUGGUCUGAUGAAUCUUUAUCUAUGACACAAUCAGAAACCACGUCUGACCAGAGUGACAUUGAAGGCCGGAUCAGGGCCCUGAAGGAUGAACUGCGAAAAAGGAAAUCUGUGGUUUAUCAGCUGAAAAAGGAACAGAAAAAGAGACAAAAGGAGAGACUGAAAGCCCAGGAGGCCAGUUUGAUCAAGCAACUAGAGUCAUAUGAUGAGUUCAUCAAGAAGACCGAAGCAGAACUGAGCCAAGAUUUGGAGACAUCGCCCACAGCCAAACCUCAGAUUAAAACUCCAUCCUCAGCUGCUGAAAAACCUAAGAUCAAGGCACCACCACUCCAUAGGCCUGAGACAGCAAAGAAUUGGAAAUCACUGACUGAAUCGGACCGAUCCAGAACAUCUCUGGAAUCCAUUGCAGAGCACGGAGAUGCUGUAUCAUCAAGGACUGAGAGAUCUAUUUCUGUUCACUCCAAGAAGAUGGUUGCAACAGACGUUCAUGCAGAAGAGCCUUCUCGAACAUCGUCCUUGGUUUUGAAGUCAACAAGGAGGUCCAGAGCAGAAUCUGGUGAUUCCUUAGAUAAUGUGCCCUCGUCACCUCUUCUCAAAGAAAUAAAAGAUAUUAGCAGGAUAUCCCGUGGGUCUGUGAACAAUAUGGUAAAUACAUCCAGUGAUGAAACUAUCUUCAGUCAUAAAUCUGAGAUACAGGAAGACAUACAAUACAUAAAAUCGGAAGAAUAUGAGCUUGAAGAGUCUCAUGAUAAGCCUUUGGAGAAUUCUGAUGUCUUGUUGAUGUUAGAUAAAGAGCAGGAGAGCUCACUGGACAUCCUUCCAAAGCAAGUCAUCUGUUCUGAAAAUGAAAAGUUUCAGAAGGAAUCUUUUGGCUUGACUGUGGAAAGUCUUCAUGGUACAGAAGAAAUCUUAGGUACAGAAGAAAUUUUAGAUCAGAGACUGACAGACAAAGACACCAAAACUGGACAAAGUGCAGAAGAAUCUUCUCACAAACUGAGCAAAUCUGCUGAGGAUAAAGAUGAGCUGCUUUCAGAACAAGCCUUUACUCAAAAAGAGCAAUCAUACCUUGAAGACUUUGAGGGAUCCUUCUCCAGAAAAGAUGCAUCAAUUGAGGAAACACUUCUUGUGGAAGAUUACAAAGAUGACUUUGAAGUGUCUCUGCUCUCCCCAAAAGCGGACACUCGGUCUCUGAGAGAGCAGUCACGCCACACGCAGACCAACAGAAGCAGGUCCACCAGCCUUGGCAGUGAUGGUGAAAUCAGUGAAUACCUCAGUGACAGAUCUCUCUCCCUCUCUGGCAGCAUGCAUUCAGAGAGAUUACUAGAACUUAAGUCACCAACAGAAUUUAUAAAAGUUAAUGAACACAGAAAUGCGGAGAAAGAACAGGCCACUGUUGAAUCACCACCAUGGGCCUCUGCUUCAAUCUUAGAAGAAACAGAGAGUUUGCUAAAUUUCAAUAUUGGUGAUAGGGUACUUGUGAGUAAAGUCCAACCUGGAACAUUGCGAUUCAAAGGUCUGACCAAGUUUGCCAAAGGGUUUUGGGCUGGUGUGGAGUUGGAUAAACCAGAAGGAAACAAUAACGGAACUUACGAUGAUAUAAAAUAUUUUGUUUGCAAAGAAAAGCAUGGCAUUUUUGCUCCUCCUCAAAAAAUCUCCCAUAUUACAGAAAGUAUUGAUAGCCAUUUAGACACGAAUAAGGAUGAAGACUCAUUUUUUGAUGAUACACUGGGCAAGCAACACAAAUCUGAGCAGAAAGAGAAAGGAAGUUCCAAACCUGGCAAAGAGGAAGAAAACCAGAAAAGAGAUGCAACAGAGAACUAUUCUCAGGAUAAAGGUCCUGCAGAUACCACUGUUUUAGAGACCUCAGCUGGGGAAAGGGUAGAUGAGGAUUCUUGUUCUGAAGCAAGCAACAUAAAGGAGGUCUCUUUAGCUAUCGAAUCACUUGCCCAAGAACAGUCUGUGGUGGAUUAUCUGAAGCAUGCUGCAAAAGAGGCAGCCAACCUUGCUCCUCCUAUUUCUGGUGUCACGGAGAAGAUUUCCACUGCUCGUUUGGAAGACAUCUCAGAUUUUCUUUCUGAAAAACUGGAGAGGCAGAAGACAUUGGGGGAAGAAUGUGCUGAAAAGUUAGAUGAUCUCUCACCUGGAAUUCUGGAGAAGCCUUCAACUCCACUUCUGGAUUUGCUAACCAAAGAGAAGAACCAGUUAGAAGCCCAGCUUAGAUUACCACUUAGAGAGGAAGAAAAGUCAAAACAACAACUAGAAAAGGUCAGUUUGCUGACAGACAGUCUCCUCAGAGAUUUUGUGAAAGACACAGUCAAUCAACUGCAGCACAUAAAGAAGGUCAGGAAUGAGAAAAUCCAGCUUAGCAACCAAGAGCUCUGUGAUGUGAAGGAAGAACCUAGUAUCCCGGUCCAGCAUGCAAAAAAGCUGAUUUCUGAUGGUCUGAAUAACUUCUUUCUAAGUUCUGAUUUGGAAGAUGAAAGAGAAGAACUUUCCUCCCCAGACAUGUGUCCCAGACCAGAGAGCCCAGUGUUUGGUGCCAGUGGUCAGGAAGAACUUGCCAAGAGACUGGCAGAGUUGGAGCUCAAUCGGGAGUUCCUGAGUGUGCUGGGAGAUGAUCAAGACUGGUUUGAUGAGGACUAUGGCUUGAGUUCCCGUAAAGUCCAGCAGAAGCAAGCUGAAGAAACAGCAGUGCUGGCCAAGGUAGAACCACAGAAAGUACCAACAAAGCCGUGUGAGGAGCCUUUGGCAGUCCCUCAUACUGCAGUGGAGGUAGAAGGUAUGGUACAUGCAGCAGCUGAGGAACUCUGGAAACUGAAAGAGCUGGGUCAUGAUCUUCAAAGUUUCAGCCUUCCUAUGGAUCUUAGUGAUACCACCAAAGAGCAGGACAUGGAGAUGGUAAACAAGCAGGUUUAUAAAAAGGCGGUAUUUGACUUAACAAGAGAGAUCUUCGGGGAAAUCUUUGCUGAAGAUCCUAAUCUAAAUCAGCCUAUUUGGAUGAAACCAUGUAGGAUCACAUCUGCUUACUUUCGCCGAGUGAAGGAUCCAAAUGAUCUGGAUGAAAUCAAGAGCUUCAUUGCAGCUGAAGUGCUGAAGUUGUUCAGUCUGAGGAAGGAACCUAAUCACAGAACAGACUGGCAGAAGAUGAUGAAAUUUGGGCGGAAGAAACGGGACAGAGUGGAUCAUAUACUGGUGCAGGAACUUCAUGAGGAAGAAGCACAGUGGGUGAAUUACGACGAGGAUGAGCUGUGUGUAAAGAUGCAGUUGGCAGAUGGGAUUUUUGAGGCCUUAAUCAGAGACACUGUUGAUGUACUGAACCAGAUAAAUGAGAAACAGAGGAGAUUACUGCUUGUGUGACAGCGCUGAAAAUAAAGCUAGAAGCUGUAUAAUCUCUGAGUCAUGGGCCUUUCUGACUCCUGACAUACUCUCCACCUUGCAAGCACUGCUGCUGGACUUCUAUGCGUGGGUUUUAAAGGCAAUUCAGAUGUGAUUAAAGGAAUCUGAAUUUACAUCCUCUUCUACUAGAGACUUUGCACCGGAUUUAUUUUUGAAACAAGCUGAUGCCUCACUUGAGGCUGCGUUGUGGAGCGCUGAGACUGUUCUCGUGCCAAUGCAGUAUGCCGCAUAACUGUCAGCAGCUGUCUGUGGCCCCUGCCUGGGGCUUCGACGUUCAGCUUGUGCCCUGAAAGGGCUGGGUUAAGUUGGGAUAUUGGCUAUUUGGCUGGAAUGGUUGUCAGCCAUCAGUACUCAAGUUGUCUUUAGAAAUGUGCAUCAUUUGGAGAGGAAAUGGUUUGGUCAGGUUUUAGUCAUAAGUGGAUACUUACCAUACUGAACAGUGUUAUAGUCUUAACGCCUCUCCUUCUGCAGCCCUAACAAUGUGCAUCAGUUUCUUCUGCUUCAGAGCCCAUUUAGUUUUGUACUCUCCGAAGCUGUUUUUUGUCUUUCUUCCUGUGAUAUGGUACCAAAUAAUGGUGCCAGUUAAUCCUGAAAAAGUAGAUGAUGAUGCUUUCUACAUUGAAGUAAGGAAUUCUUACUUUUUUUUUUCUCUGUGUAACUUGCUUCAGUCCAGAGGUGGAGCAAGAAAAAGGCCACCUAACAUCAAGGGUAAAAGAUGAGCCCGUGGACAACUUUCCUCCUAUCAUGUAGCACUUCUUCACUUCCUGGAGUGCCAGCUGCUCCUAGAUAAUGGAUACUCAGGAUUCUCUCAGGCACGUGACAUGCAGGAGUGGAAAUUUUUUUUUCAAAAAAAGUAGCCUUCUGUCCCUCAGCUUCCUCCCUUACUGUCACCUAUUACAUCGGAGAAGCCGUUACUUGAACAAUUUGGGGAAAAAAGUGUAUUCACCAAAGAAAGCAGUGCCCAGUGCUUGACUGUCUGCAUGUUUUGUGCUUGUGGGUUUUUUCUUCUUUAAUUUAUUUUCAGAUAAUUUAUUGAGUGGGUUAUAGGAGAGCGUCCUGUGCAGAGGCUGCACUGUCUCGUAUUUUGAGAUAGCCGAACUUGAGCACGCAUCUGUUCUGGUGACUUCCAGAGUCUGUAUUCUUCACACAAAAAUUCCAGCUUCUUGAGGGUGGGAAGCAAAAGCAGGACUUAGGAAUGGAGCCUCCUCACGACCAAUUCAGAGCCAAUGGAGAGUUGAAGGGACUGAGCUGAAGAAAAGAUGUGAAACUUCCCUGCCCCAUCUGUUUCCAUGUUCUCCCAGAACUCCUAGGCCAUAGACAGCCAUUCUGUGCUUCGUUUGGUGCUGAGUUCAACUGCAGUGUCCUUCUGCAGAGUGCUCUUUCCUAAUCUGCCCCUCCUAUCCUUGUGCUUUUCUUGAUCAAACACAGACAAUCUGGGGUCAAAUGUUGCCUUAAUAGUGGAUGUCCUGAUUGCUGACUUGGACGACACCCAGAGGGGUGUCAGAUUCUCUGGACAAGCUGGAGUGUAGAGGAACACUCUGAUGCCUGCUUGGAGGGACACCAAAGAUGCUGUAGCCCAAGAUAGGCAUGGCGGGGAGAUCUCUUUUUAGCUUUUCAUCUGUUUGUUUCUUGGGCUUCCUGCUAGGCAUACCUCUGCUAUUUCUCCAUUAGGUUUUUUCUUAUCCACUUUUUUUUUUUUUGGAAAACUAUCAUUGGAAUAUUUGCAUUUUGCACAAUGACACACAGCUGGUAAUUCUUCAGGGACAGCACUGGGAAACGUUGGAUUUGUCAGAGGUCCAAGCAAAUUCUCAGGUGUAGUAUUGCCAGCACCUCAGUUAUGAGUUAAUGGUGAGCCAUAUCUAUGGGAGCUUAGUGAGUGAAAGAACAAGGAAGAGGUGAUGGUGCAUAGGAACACCUCCAAUGGGGCAUGCGCAUGUCUGCCCCACAGUAGUGGCCUUUCUGGCUGGGUAGAAGGCAAGUGGAUAGAGCAUCGUUCAGCUUUUUUCCUUAAGUGAUUCACUUGUCCUCGGAAAGUGUCAUGAUGCUGAACUGUGAAAUUAGCAAAGUCUUAUGAUAGAGGCAAACUAAAGCUGCUGCGUUUAACCAGCACGGUGUCACUAAUUGGGUCACUGCCUCAGAUUCCCUUUCCUGGGUGUAUCUUUUCAACAGAGAUGAUUGUUAUUUUUAUAGGUAGCAAUUACGGAAAAGAGGGCAGAAACCUGCAGCGUAGGUUUGCAGCUUGAGUAUCACAGGAAUGAAAAGUUAGUUUCCGUUCCCUAGAUAACGUGGCUAGUGCUGAGAUAGAAAGAUGCCCUGCAUCACUGAGAGUUUUCAGCCGCUCUGCGGGGUUGGCAUGGUUGGUUUUGGUAUGUGCACCAACAGGGUGUACGGUUGGCCUGCCAAGGUGCCAGGGACCACUGGAGAUCGUAUGCCUGUUGUCUUGCUGAUUUGGAUCAGCAGUAGCUGUCUUUACAAGCUUUUGGGCAGAAGGAAAUUGUGUAAAAGGAAUUUUAUUCCUUUGCAAACAUCGCCAUUUAUUUUUGGUAGCAAUUCCUGAUAGGAGCAACCCUAAAAAGACUUGAACGUAUAUGAGUUACCUUCUCAAUACCUCAAGUGUGUUGAGUUACUUUGGAUGCUAGAACUGAUGAUGACUGAGGUGGAGCAAUGGUCUGUCUAGGCCAAAGUUGAUGGUAAAGAGACAUGGGGAAGUCCAGAGUAUUAUAAACAGAGGCUGAAUUCUGUAUUUCUCCCCUCUCCCAACCCUUGCUAUGGUAAGAACAAAAUCAUAGUCCUGGGCCCUGCUUAUCUUAGUUAUCACGGCUGAGAAACUGUUUUGAAACCUGUAAGCUGGUUGAAGUGGCAGCUGUCGUCACUGGAGAUGAGAUUCCCUUUUCAGAAAGAUCUCAGUGCCAGGUGGGCGAGCCCAGGAUCUCACGGAUGAAGGGCGUGAGGACCCCUCUCACCGGCAGGAUACUUCCUGAGCUAAGCUGUGGAACAGUAGUACUUUUACCUUUCAGAAAAGGCUCGUUGCUCGUAAGGUGUGAUGAUGGAUUGAAAAGUCCUAUCUUAUUCACUUUCCUUUCUUGAAAAAGUGGCCUUAGCUUUUUGCAAUACUUGAAUAAGUGCAUACCUGCAGAAGAUCUUCAGUAGCACAGUGAUAGAGACCUUUUAAGUAACUAUUCUGCAAGGAACUGAGUACAGUUCUGACUUUCAUAUCCCUUUGCUACCCUAAGAAUAUUAGGAAAAUAAAAUACUUUUGAGCAGAGAAACAGUUGAAUCUUUUAAGGUAUUUAGUGCAUCUGAAGUGUUUACAAACCAACUAAAAUGGAGAAAAGCAAACUGUUGAACUUAUUUGUAAUUUAAACGUUAAAUGCAAAAAUAUAUACAGAUAAAAGAGGAAUACUGUAAUUAACCUGCAUUUAGUAGUUUUUUUUCCUUGACUUUGCAGAGCCUUUUGAUACACAUUUGCAAAGCCGCCUUUUGGGAGACUCCGUCUCCCUGUGUACUGUAUUGUGGAGAUAUUAAAAAGAAACACGUUUACUGUGUAUGUGUAAAUAACCUGGUAACUUGGUUUUUGGGCCAGUUUCAGCUAAUGUUCACAUGCAGAGCAGCUUUGCACAGUAGACAGACCCAAGGAUGUGGUAGGGUUUUUGUAAUUAGAACUGUAAAAUAACCAGGGUGGUCCCUGUGUACACCAGUGUAAAUAUCUUUGGUAACUGAAAUGUACUUUAAGAGAAUAAAAUCUGUAAAUAAACUGAUUUAUAAAUUAA